AUGGAAAGCCGGUUCCUUCGUCUGCUCUGGAAUGCAGACAUGAUGGCUAUAUUGCGAGGUUCAAAACCAAUCGCAUGGUUCUUGACCUCCUACCCAGCUUUUGUACUUACGGCGCACAAAAAGCCAGGUCCACGACGAUGGGCGCUACUCCCUUUCAACAUCAUGGGGCCGCUGCUCUGCUUCAACAGCGCUGGCACACUGGCAGCAGGUCUCGACUGGCUUUGGGCUUUCACAUCCAUCAUUUACAUGUUCCACGUCACGUCAGCUCUCUACAUUGAGUGCUGGGCCCCAGGAAGCACAGAAACAACUGGCUGGAGCCUUCUCGCCUGCUACAAAGUAUGGAUGAACCCUAGGCGUCUGAACAUUCCCGCUGUCCCCGUAACUCGACAUAGCUCCCGGGUCGGCUUCGUUUCUCAAAAACUUGGACUUCUAAUUGCUUUAUGGACAUCGUACCAUUUUCUCGAAUUCGUCAUUCUCUUGGCCAUCAACCCUCGGCCAAAUGACUUUACCGCGAAAACGAGGAGCUAUGUCCAUCUGACGGCAGAUCGAGGAAUGAUGCUACGCGUCAUAUACGCAUUCCACUGGGCAUAUUUGACGUAUCUCAUUCUCGUCGUUGCCAAUGCUCUACUCGCUAUUGUUUUCGUUGGUGUCCUACAGUUUGACGAGCCGGCGGACUGGCCUCCCCUGUAUGGAAGUCCGCUCAAGGCUUACUCACUGAGGCACUUCUGGGGCGCCUUUUGGCACAAGAUAGGGUCCACAUCGCAGGCAAUAUGGGGUCGAACUAUCGCAAGAAGUGGUCUGGGUAUCGAGGUCGGCUCAAAGAGUGAGAAAAUAUUCGUGGCAUUCUGGGUAUUCGCCGUCUCGGGAGCUACACAUAUUGCCGUAAAUUGGGUUACGAAAGCGACGGCCCCUGUGGAGGAUCUCAUGGGAGACAUGGUCUUCUUGAUGCUGAACUUUUUCGGUGGACUAUUUGAAGUCUGCUUGACUCGCUUGUUGUUCACGAAGAUGCAGCAGCGCAAAGAAAGCUCGCCAUGGUUCGGCCUGUUGUCCAAGGGUCUCGGCUUUUUCUGGAUGUUAGUCUUCUUCUACUUUACCGUGCCACCGUGGCAAUAUCCAUACCUCUAUGCGGAUGCAAAGAGUCGGAGGACUGGCUUCACGGUCAACGUAGAUAUUCCUGCGCGAUCGGCAAGAGCUGCUUGA